ACUUUACAGGAUUCUGUAUAGGAUUAAACAUCAUGCUCCAUCAAUCAAUACACAAGGGGAAGGCGAGUUGAGAUAUUAUUACAGGUUCAAAGGAUUUCAUUCCCAGAAUCACACUGAUCAGUUACGUUUGUCAGUCCAGAGCUUAUCUCGUUACCACAGUAGAACUUUUAGCUCCUAUUGGUUAAUUGCUUGCAUCCACGUUGUCUGUGUAGAAUAUAAAAAGGGAGACAACUGAAAUAUAAAUAAUUCCUGUUAACCCCAUGAGCCAUUCCUACACCCGACAAUGGACCCGCUGGGAGCAACCACUCUGUUCCUGGUCAUUUGUGUCUCUUGCCUUCUCUUCCUCUCCACGUGGAGAAAGACGCCUGGAAGUGAGAAGCUGCCGCCCGGGCCUGUUGCUUUCCCCCUUGUUGGGAACAUGCUGCAGCUGAGAGAGAAGAGCUUGCCCCUGCAUAUAGAAGAGCUCAGUAGAACAUACGGCCCGAUGUUCACGAUCUACUUGGGCUCCGAGCGGGUUGUUGUGCUGCAUGGAUAUGAGGUUGUGAAGGAAGCUCUGAUCAAUCUCGGGGAAGAGUUCAGUGGAAGAGGAAGAAUGCCGCUAUUUGAGACAGCUACCAAGGGAUCAGGUAUCGCUUUCGCCAAUGGGGAGCAGUGGAAACAGCUCCGGCGAUUUGCCGUCACGACUCUGAGAGAUUUUGGGAUGGGGAAGAAAAGCAUUGAGGAGCGGAUCCAGGAGGAAACCCGUUUUAUGGUGGAAAGACUCAGAAACACACACGGGCAGCCCUUUGACCCCAGCCUCCUCCUCGCCCAGGUCGUCUCCAAUGUCAUCUGCUCCAUCGUCUUCGGGGACCGGUUUGACUAUGAAGAGGAGAACUUUGUUACUUUAAUUAAUCUCAUAUUGGAAAAUGGCAAAGUCCAGCAGGAUCCUUGGAUAGUGCUGUAUAGUUUUUUCCCGACCCUCAUGGAUUAUAUCCCUGGGCCUCACCAAAGGCUAUUUAAAAUUUUUGAGGAGAUAAGAAGAUUUGUUGGGGAGAGAAUGAACGUGCAUAAAGUGUCUCUGGAUCCCAAUUGUCCUCGGGACUUCAUCGAUGCUUUCCUCAUCAAAAUCCAAGAGGAGCAAAAGAAUAGCGAUUCGGUAUUUACAGAAGAAAGUUUGGUAGGAAGCACAAUCAACUUAUUUGUUGCUGGAACAGAGACAUCCAGCACCACUCUAUACUUUGGACUCCUGGUUCUCCUCAAAUUCCCAGAAAUUCAAGAGAAAGUUCACAAAGAGAUUGACAGUGUGAUUGGCCGAAGACGAAGCCCCAGCAUGGCGGAUCGAAGCCAGAUGCCCUACACAGAUGCCGUGGUACAUGAAAUCCAGAGAUUCCUUGUCCUUGCGCCUAUAGGUGUCCCGCGUGCUGUGACUAGAGAUGUUCAUCUCAAGCAGUACGUGAUUCCCAAGGACACCACGAUAUUCCCUGCACUGAAGUCAGUUCUGUAUGACAACAAGGAAUUUCCAAACCCAGAGCAAUUCAACCCGGGACACUUCUUGGACAAAAAUGGUGCCUUUAAGAAGAGUGAUUACUUCAUGCCCUUUUCUGCAGGGAAACGGAUCUGCUUGGGAGAGGGCCUGGCUCGCAUGGAGCUCUUUUUGAUACUCACGGCGAUUUUACAGAACUUCACCCUGAAACCCGUUGUUGAACCCAAAGAUAUUGAUAUUACUCCAGUAACGUCAUCUGUGGGAAAUGCACCAAAACCAUAUGAGCUCUGUGUUCUUUACCGGUAAAGGUUACCUCAGUACAUCAGUGGUGCGUGUGGUAGGCACAGGAAUGUGGUAUCUACACACAGUUGAUGCAGAUGCACCACUGAAUGCUGGGAUUGUGAUGGCCACAUCUCUUCCCUUCCCUAUAUUCCACGCUAGCAGAAGUUUUUAUAGUGGUUUAUGCAUGUUCCACGGUGAUUGGGGAGGUCUUAUCUGCUAUUUGGCUUCCUGGGUGCCUUGAACUUCCUGUAUCCAUACCAGCGAAACUGGGGAGUGGCAUGGCAGAUACCGUCCUAAGCCGCCUCAGAACCAGUAUAGAUCACAAAAGUGCAAGUUCAUUCUGUCACUUCCAGCAGGAGAUGGUGAAACAAGCUGAACCCCUCCCUCUGGAGACCCAGGUGCUGGGCUCCUUACUUUGUAUUUUCUUUCUCCUCCCGAUAGGGCUCCCUCCCUGCUGGGCCUCCUCACUCAUCCUCUCUUGCUGCCUGGCUGCUGGGCACCCCUUCCCGCUUCUUAGAUAACUACACUGUCUGAAUAACAAGCCUUGUGGAUAAGGGGGAAGCAGUAGUUGUGGUAUGUCUUGAUUGUAGUAAAGCGAUUAAUACAGUCUUGCAUGAUCUUAUUCAUGAAAUGGAGAAAUAUAAUGUUGAUGGAGCUACUCUGAGUGAGUGGUUAUCAAUGAUUCACAGUCAUGCUGGAAGGGCGUAAUGAAUGGAGUUCCUCAAGGAUCAGUUUUGGGACCAGUUCUGAUCUAUAGUUUCAUCAAUCAUUUAGACCAGUGGUCCCUAACCUUUUGGGGCUGCCAAGUGCCUUGGAGGGUGGGGUCACGUAUGCACUGUGCAUCCGGGGGCAGGGCCACCAUGCGCCAUGUGCCCUGGGUAGGGCUGGCCCUGAUCACUUGGAGGGCACACAUAAAUGCCCCAGCGGGUGCCAUGGUGCCCACGGGCACUGCGCUGGGGACCACUGGUUUAGACGAUGACAUAGGGUAUGUCUACGCUAGCCCCCUAGUUCAAACUAGGGAGGCUAAUGUAGGCACUCGAAGUUGCAAAUGAAGCCCGGGAUUUAAAUAUCUCGGGCUUUAUUUGCAUGUUCCCAUCCGGUCGCCAUUUUUAAAUUCCACUAGUCUGGAGUAACUGCCUGCGGCUACACACGGCAGUGAAAUGGUAAUUCGAACUAAGGAAUUCAAACCACAGAGAGUACACUUAGAAGGUUUACAGAGGAUACCAACCCAGGAGGGGUUGCAAGCAGUGUUCCCUCUAACCUUCAGGGCAGCUCAGACCUCCAGAUAAUUAAUCAGCCCCACCCAGUCAAGGGCCCGGCGCACCAUGUAAGGAGGGUGGUGCUGAUUAAGCAGUUCUGAGUCUAUGCUACCAUGCAGCUUAGAGGGAACACUGGUUGCAAAUGCUUUGGAGGAUAGGGUUCUGAUCAGUAGCUUCAGCAGCAAUUUAGAUGAUGGAAGAGAGAGUAUGCUUAUAAAAUUUGCGUAUGAUACCAGCCCGAGAGGGGCUGCAAGCGCUUUGGAGGACAGGGUCAAAAUCAAAAUGAUCUGGACAAGCACGAGAAACAGUCGGAGGUAAACAGGAUGAACUUCAAUAAGGACAAAUGCAAAGUGCUCAACUCAGGAAGUUUCACACUCACAGAAUGGGAAGCGACUGUCUAGGCAGGAGUGCUGCAGAAAGGGAUCUAGGGGUUAGUGGACCAUAAGCUAAAUAUCAGCCAACAGUGUGACACUGUUGCAAAAAAAAGCAAACUUCAUUCUUAGAUGUAUUAACAGGUAUGUUAUGAGCAAGAGACGAGAGGUGAUUCUUCCGCUUGACUCUAUGCUGAUUUGGCCUCAACUGGGGUCUGAUUCCAGACAUUUUCUUCCUUCUUUGGCAUUUGUAUCCUGAGAGGGGGAGGCCUGGCACCUUAUUUUACUGGGUGGAGAAAGGACAGAGAUUCCCAGUUAGCUGUACGUGCUGCUUGCCUUUAUGCGCCCCCAGGAUCAAUGAAGGGCCAUUGUGCAGGCUGCCUGUGUAAUGCCGGGAAGUCAAAAUCAAUCAGGAACCUGCUCCUCUCUACUGCAUGAGCGAAAGGCCAGCGGGCUCCCAGCUAAGGCUGUAGGGCAGACUCAUCACUCUCUCUGUAGAUAGUCUGAUUGCCAGCCAAUGGGACAACGCACUGCACCCAAACAUCCCGUCACUGGUCUUUUACUAUGCCCAGCUACAAUGCUCUUAAUUAGCUGCGUUCUGCACGCCCAGUGUUUGCAAACCUGAUUUGCUUUGGGUCAGGAAUCUGUCUGGAACGGGGUGGGCAGGCAGUACAAGGGAAGAGAGGAAGGAGACAGUGGGGAGAGGGAGGGCCUAGGGCAGACCAAGGGUAGUGUAUGGAUGGGGCCAUAUGCAGAAGAGGCGGGCUGUGGAAAUGAGCUCCUUGUUUUGAAAUAGAUAAAUUGCUGGAUUUUUAUGUAACUGUCAUUUAAAAAAUAAAUUAUAAGAUGAAAAAAUAACCGUA